AUGUCCUCAACACUACAGUCGCAAGCCACCAACGCCCUUCCUUUCAGGUUCCUCGACCUCCCUCCAGAGCUUCGCAUCAUGGUCUACGAGCAUAUCCUCCAUGUCAACCCGAUCCUCAAUAUCUGCAAGCAGAUCCGCAAUGAGUCUACACAGAUCAUCCUGCCGAAAUUGCGAAUUUACGCAAAUCUUCAGUUCGAGGCAUCGUGGACUGUACACAUUUGUCCAGAAAGACUUGAUCUACAAAACGACGACGACUUCUAUAGUAUGAUGACUUGGGAAAACUUCCGUACUUCGUAUGUGGCCGCGGAGUUGGAAAUGUUCCACCGUGUAUCGAUCCGCGAACAGUACACAAGUCAGUCGACCAUCAUCUACGGCCAUUCAGCUUUAUGGCUAUCGCUAUAUCUCGUAAAGUAUCGCGGCUGCGGAGCUGUGGGAGACUUAAGCUCGUUCUUCUGGUCACGGACUGAGUUAAUAACGGGCUCAGAUGGAAGGUUGCAAAUACGCAGAAGUGUAGACCCUGUGGUGAAUGAUUCGGCCAACCGCUUCUGUGAGAAGUUGAACGACGCUCAAGAUGGCCCAGAGAAGUUGGAUGAUGGACGAGCUUAUUCGUGGCUUGAAAAGGUGCACGACCUUUUUGGACGUUCUGUUCCUGCUCCGGAUGUGUAG